AUGCAAAAGGAUGUACAGAUGAUCUGUCCUAUUUGUCUGCAAAGACUUACAGAUCUGAGACAAAGACAUAACACAGAUGUUCUCUACAAAGACUUACCAGAACAAUCGGCCAUCACCGCCCGACUAAAUAACUUGGUGUUAGACCCGUUAAUUACAACAUUCAUUCUCAAAGUCCGGUCUGGCUACCUGCAGAUCGACAACUGUAUUCUCGAAGAUGGAAUGAUUUACAUCCAACACCCGGGAACCUGUCAUAUUUCAUUCUGUACAUUCCGUCAUGCUACAGUGAUUCUGCAGCAUGUCAACGUGAGCAUCAUUGAAAACUGCGAGUUCUCCCAGAGUGACAUCGCAUCCAUUAUUGUUGAGGGUUAUUCCAAGGAGGAGAAGAAUUGGACCUUCCCACAUAUGUGUGAGAAAAUGAAUGUGGUAUUGGAAAGAAUCAGUUCUUGCGAUGAGCGUCGCUCUUCUCACAUAACGAUGAAAACAAUGGAGAGUCAGUCGUCCAUGAUCCAGUCGGUGACCAGCUCCGUUAUACCACUGAUCAAUCAGUCGUCGCAGGAAUCAGGACCUCACAAACACGGCCAGGCCUGCUGUGGUAACUGUACUGAUAAUUAUGCAUCGGGGGUCGAUCAGACUCGUUCAAUGGAGAACAGAUACGUUAUGCAGUGUAGUCAAGAGAAAGACCACACUGGCGGUGAGAAUGCAACCGGAGAUCAUCCAAAAGAUCGAGAUCAAGAAGGUUUUCCGCAGAACGGUUUGAUGCAGUAUCACUGGGACGAUUCGUAUAAUGGAGGAGGUGGUGGUGACGCUAGUGGGCGGGGGGUUUCUCAUCAAGAUGGGGUCAGUCAUGAAGACAAGCCUCAGCCAGUGCUCAAUGACCACGCUGUCCCGCCGGUCAAUGCUGACCGUCACAGUGUCCAGUCUCCAGUGUUUGAUAGCGAUGACGAUGACAGUCUGUCACUGCUUGACGACUUCGGGUCAGGUCGAUCAAGUUCUGUAGGAUCGCAUGGUGUGAGUAGCUCAGUGAGUGACUGCUUGUCCUUGGAAAAUCUGUUGGUAACUGCUUUUGACCAGAUCCAAGGAUGUCUUGUCAAUAAGUGUCGGAUGCUGCACAGUAAAGGGGGUGUGAUGGUUAGCCUGCAGGCUCAUGCUAUGGUGUGUGAGUGUGACAUCAGCAAUGUGGACUACGGCAUCAGGUGCAUACAAAAUGCCAGGAUGGUGAUUUUGAAGAAUAAAAUCCAUCAUUGCCAAACCUCGGGUAUCUUCAUGAGAUUAGCAGCAUCAGGCUUAAUAGGAGGUAAUGACAUACAUUCUAACAUGGAGGCAGGGAUUGAUAUCAGGAAGAAUGCCGAUCCCAUUGUUCAGAGUAACCGAAUUCAUCACGGUAAGAGAUCUGGUAUUGUUGUCCUGGGAAGUGGCCGUGGUCAGAUAAAAAAGAAUGACAUUUUUCAAAACCGAGAAGCUGGAGUCUAUGUUUUGUAUGGAGGCAAUCCCACCAUCAGUGAUAAUCACAUCUAUGAUGGAAGAGCGGCUGGGCUUGCUAUCAACGAGGGUGGCCGGGGAUCGGUCUUCGGUAAUGUUAUUGAAGGCAAUCAAUGGGGUGGUAUUGACAUUCGCCAUGGAGGCAACCCACUUGUUUGUGGUAAUUCUGUCUGUGAUGGCGGCGGUGAUGGCAUUGUGAUAGGGGAACACGGACAGGGCUCUGUAGAAAACAACAUCAUAUCUGGAAAUGCUGGAUGUGGUGUUUGGAUUAUGAGUGCUAGUCAGCCAUAUUUACAAGGAAAUCAGAUCAGUGGCAAUCGAGACUCUGGUAUUUUGUUUGUCAACAAAAUGGAUGUACAGCAUGUUCCCAACAUUUCCGACAACAGCAUCAUGACGACAUCGCGCAGUCUCCUGUCCGAUGCUGAUGCCGUCCACCACCACAAGUGUCGGUGUGCCACCGUGCAGUAUAACAACAUCUACCACAAUGCAGGUAAUGGGGUGGUCAUCCAGCUUGGAGAUGAGGUUCACGUGUCUUACAAUGCGAUCCAUGCUAACCACUGCGAUGGAGUCUCGGUUGACCAGGUGGCCGAGGUAGUGCUGCAGGGGAACAGCAUCACCAACAACCGGGGGUCAGGGGUCGUCACGUCACCCACUGGAAAGGUGACACUUAAAGGCAAUGGAAUUUAUCACAAUGAGAAGCUUGGCAUUGUGGGUAGAUGUGACGUGACUAUUUGUGGAAAUGAUGUGAUCAGUAACCAUGAGGGUGGUAUUUCUCUUGAAGGAUGUGUCAAUGCUGAGGUGAGUGACAACAGGAUUCAGUGUGGAAACAAGUCGGCAGUCAUCGCGGUGGACGUCAGAGAGGGCAGUGUGCAGAAUAACAAGCUGUUCCUUGAAGGCAGGCUGGACUGUAUGCAGUACGACCACCUCAGCAAGGCUAUCUUUAAACACAACCACAUCGUGCAGCCUAAACACAGUGAGAAUGAGACGGGACACGAGGACAAGGUUACGUUUUGUAAGACUAAGUUUCUAGAUUCUCCAGCACCACGCCCAGUGAUAGAACCACCUCCAGCACCUUCGGAAAUACAACUACACAACACGAGCACCGUCAAACGGGUGAUGGCGCCAUCUAGGCAGAUGUGUGAACAAGGGAGCAAAUUCUGUGUUAUUUUAUAGUUUUCUUUAUGUAAAUCCAACUUACUGAUGCACUGAGGUUGUAGGUUAUUUCAUUUGCACACUGAUACUGCAAGCCGAUGACUAAUAAAAUACAAUGUGCUCUAGUGGUGUUGUUAAACAAAACAAAUUUUAAUUUUUUAUACUGCAGUGCUUGACUUCUCCUGUUUCAUUUUAAAAUACUUCACUCUCUCUCAAUACGUUGUACUAUAUCUCUGUCUGUCAAAUAUUUACAAAUCCUCACUUGAAUAUUUUAUGUAUAUUCAUGUGCACAUUAAAAAAUGCCACUGUUUACAGAACCUACAAAAAAAAAUUGAGCUUGUGGUGCAUGCUACAAAACUAUUUGUCUUAUUACAAACAGAGUGAAAACUGUAUAUCAUGGUCAAGGCAAGCUCUCGUUCACCUGACAGUGGUUCUAGACCGUCAUAAUAUCUUUUGAAUUCUAUCUUGUACCGAGAUACAAUAUUGAAUAUGCUAAUGGCAGCUUCAUAAUUGUCAUGAAUGUUGUGGCUUCUGUUACACUUUUUAUUUUAUAUUGUUUACUAGUGAGUGGAUCAACACACAUACUGAGAUACGGAAAUACUUGAUAUUGUAGACCACAUUCCAGUCACUGUUAGCAUUGUAAUGCCUGUAUACAGUUCAAAGAUGUAAUUUGGGAUUGAGUAUCAGUAAUUUGGGAUUGAAUAUCAGUAAUUUGGGAUUGAUUGUCAGCAGGCCCUAAUCUAGAAUUGAAAAAGUAGAAGUGACUUCUCCCUUCCUAGAAAAAACCCUGUGAUAUUAUUAAGUAGUUGAUAAUGUGUUUUAUGUUAUAAUGAAAGUAAUAAUUAGUAUUUUCUGGCUUUACUGAAAUGAAUGUGGCCGGGGAUUAACAACGCUUGACUAGUCACAUAUGUGUUGCCAUAUGUGUCGGAUGUAUAGUCUUGAGCCAAAGUAAAAACACAGACCGACAUACAGUGACAAGGUACAAGUGAGCACCUGCAACUGAGCUAUGACACUAAACAAGUCUGUGUCUUGACAACUGUUGUGUGAUUUUGUUUUUAAAAUCGGAUUAGGUCCAAAAUAUCACAGCAACUUCGACUUCUCGCUACUGUUAAUAACUCUGUUACUCGAGCUGACUUGGCAAAUAAUACGUUCAUUCCACCGACAACAUUCUGGCCUGAUGUGGGUAACACUGUUAAAUACCUGGCACUAAGGAUAACAGUUUCGGUUGCUGUUCUCUGUUCUGUCCCCUUAUUUCUUUUCAUCUGUGUAUUAUCAUAGUCUUCUAGAGGGGAAAAAAACAUUUUGAGAGCAAAGUCUCUUAACUGACAUUCCAGGAAAAAGAAGACAUUCAGAUUAAGUUUUGGGAUGGAUGGUACAGGGUUUGAUAUUUCAAAAUCUUAGGUAACCAGAGUUCACUUCACAUAAUUAAUUUUUGCCUAUGUAAUCAUUUGUUCAGUACAUAACCAGUACCCAGUGAGUUACCUAAUCUUAAAACACUUGGUCUUGUUCUAUAGUGACAUUCUAGAUGUGGGUUUUUUAAAACUAAUUUGUGCUCACACCCCUCUCCUUAACGUUUUGGUGAGAGUAUUUUAUGAGUAUUACUGCUCUAUAAAGUUAAUAAAAUAUGCAUAACAGGUGAGUAUAAUGUCACGCAUGAUGUAUCUAAAACAUCAUGAUUGAAAUAAUGAAGCGGCAUAUUACACAACAAACAUUUCGAUACCAUGGUUGUUGAAACAGAAAUUAUUAUUUUCUGAAAGCAGGGCAAGCUCUGGAUGAGCACACAAAAAUUCGCCAAAUCUAUUUAAACUUAUAAAAUUGCAAAACCCCAGUUAUUUUCUAAUAAAAUAACAAUUAUUACAUAAAAUUUAUUCGCCAAAUUAAAAUAAAAUUUGCCAAUUGUUUUUAAAAAUACACACUUGGCGAAUUUGGCAAGUGCCAGAGAUAGCUUUGAAAAGGUAAAUCAGACGUGAUUGUUCCGCUAAUUGGUGGAACUCCGCUUUUAAAUUUGUUUUCAUUUCAUUCAUUUUCCUUGCAUUCUGCAUUCGAUUACAUGCCUUCAGCACACAUGUAUCAUUUUCAGCUUUUUUAGAAAUGUUUCAAUCACAUGCCUGGUAAAUGUACUUCUAAGAUUUAUAUUCAUGGCUGAUCUUCUUUAUUGUAUCGACAUCUCCACAUAUGUUCAGCUAAGUUCUGUCUAGUAGAAUAUGACAUUGUGUACUAGCAACUGUCGCUUAAUACUCCACCGUAGAUUUGUGUUUAUCACAUUGGUGCAUGCAUUUGUUGUUUGUUCUAGAAAAUGUUCAGAAUGAUUACCGUAACUCUUUCAUAAAUGAUAUAUUGCGCUCUUUUAUCUGUGAUGAUCCUUGUCUGUGGUUUAAUGUGUUUUACAAUCAAUGGUAAGAGGAUAUCUGUGUUUGGUUUAUAUACCGCAUACAGGAACAAUAAAAACGUUUCUCGUCUCACCUCAGAUGCCACACUGCUCAUCUAUUACACGUUCAGAAAGGGAAGUAACUCAUUAAACCUCGGUAUACUGGUAACACUACAUAUAUAAUGUCCAUUUCUAGAUGUAGGACUCGACUGUUUUUACAUCACAAUUAUGGAAGUUGGCCCCCAUUAAAUAUUACAUAAAAUCUAUCAGUUAUAUCAGUUCCAAUUCCAACCAAAUCAAUUUUUAAAAUAGACAUGGUUUUCAGUGGAACUAAAUUUAUCACCUUCAUGUCACUUAUUGUCGUAAAAGCAAUUAAUUGCUCCUCUAGCUUAGAUCAUGGGGAUAUUACUAUACUGAUACCAUAUAAAUUCACAUGAUUAACAACCGCUGCAAUUGCCUUCAGCAAUCAGCAAUGCCGUGGAGUUUCUCAUUCUCUACAGCACUUUUUUGCUGUGGACUAUAUUCAGGUGUGUUUUUUUUAUGGAAAGUUUUUUUUGCCGUGGACAUUUUCUAAAUUGCAGGGGUUACUUACGGCCUUACUCUUCUUGAACUAGUCUGAGGGGAGAAUGGGGAGCAGGAGUGACAGCUCCCCAUUAACUGUGAAGUCUGAUAGUGGUGUGAUCUCUUAAGUGCAUAACAUGUAUUUAUUAACAAAAACCUAAUUGGUUCAAUAUACAGUGAAACUUCUCUAAACUGGACACCCUCAGGACCAAGUAAAAAGUUGGGUUAUAGGAGGUAUUCACUUUAGAGAGGUUCUUUUCUGUACAGAUAUUUAAAAGGGGGGCACAAAAAAAGUCGGGUUUUGAGAGGUAUUCGGUUUAGAGAGGUUCUUUUCUGUACAUAUAUUUAAAAAGGGGGCGCAAAAAAAGUCGGGUUUUGAGAGGUAUUUGGUUUAGAGAGGUUCUUUUCUGUACAUAUAUUUAAAAAGGGGGUGCAAAAAAAAGUCUUGUUUUGAGGGAAUUCCAGUUUAUAGAGGGUCCGGUUUUGAGGGGUUUCACUGUAUUUACGUAUUGUAUACAGUGAAAUAUUAUAAUUUGAAAUAUUAUUUAAAAAAUAUUGUUCAAAUAAGUAACAAAAGAGGAUUAUAUCUGGGUUAUAAUUUCUGUUGCUUGUAAAAAAAAUUGCUUAUAUAUAAAACCUGCUACAUUCCUUUUUCUCAAUGCAACAUGUUUUGCAUAUUUAUUACAUUUCCAAUCUCACAUCUAUAGUCCGUCCCACAGGGAACUCCUGUUUUUUCAUACUAUGAAAUUUACUACAAGUUAUUUAUUUUUGAGCCGAUUGAUUUGUAAAUUGUACACAAAAAUAGUAUUUUUGUGUUAUUUCCAAAACACUUUUACUUUUCUUCUUAACGUCAAACCAAACAACUUAUUUACAAAAAACAUUUUUAUGAAAUGAUGGAACGGACUAGAUCAUCAUGGCACAAAUACUGUGAACACUUGCGGUAGUUACGAUCCAUUUGUUGUGAUAAUUCUACAUAUAUGCCACUUAAAUCGCACCAGACCACUAGUUUAUGAUCUAAGACUGACGGACUUACUUACUUUUCUUCGAACCCACUGGCACAUAGGGCCCAAGAUGUAUUUGGCAAAUAUUGAAGAAAAAUUAGCUUGUUUUGACACAAAAACAAAAAUUCUUUUCAUCUUUGUUUUGUUUUUUUAUUAUUAUUAUUGAAUACUUAAGAUAAAUAUAUUUUAUAUGCAUUGUUAUUUCAUGUUAUUUAUAGAUUUUUAUAGUUUUUUUCUGAAUUUAUAUACUGUAAAUUUUUCCCAGUGUUUAGUCUGUUGUUAUAUAAUACACACUUGUGAUAAAAAUCUACAUAAUGUAACAAUCUACAUUGUCUAAUUUAUGUAUGUUUAUUAUCUAUUUAUUUUAUUAUUUUGAUCAGUAUUGAUCAUUAGAUGUUUAUUGUUAUAUGCACUUUGCUUUAAUUAUUUAAGAAAUGAAGCUUAUUUUUAUAUAAGAUUCAGUGAAAUAUGUAAAAAUAUAUCGGUGAAAUAUUAGAAAAUAUCAGUGAAAUAUGAGAAAAUAUCAGUGAAAUAUGUAAAAAUAUCAGUGAAAUAUGUAAAAAAUAUCAGUGAAAUGUGAGAAAAUAUCUGAAAUAUGAGAAAAUAUCAGUGAAGUAUGUAAAAAAAAUAUCAGUGAAAUAUGAGAAAAUAUCACUGAAAUAUGUGAAAAUAUCACUGAAAUGUGUGAAAAUAUCACUGAAAUGUGUGAAAAUAUCAGUGAAAUGUGUGAAAACAUCACUGAAAUAUGAGAAAAUAUUGGUGAAAUGUGUGAAAAUAUCACUGAAAUAUGUGAAAAUAUCACUGAAAUGUGUGAAAAUAUCAGUAAAAUAUGUACAAAUAUCAGUGAAAUGUCUGAAAAUAUUAGUGAAAUAUGUAAAAACAUCGGUGAAAUAUGUGAAAAUAUCUGUGAAAUCUAAUCACAAGUGAAAAUAGCAGCCACUGCAAGUGAUGACACUGAUGAUGCUGAUGAUGCUCUUGGUUGGUUACACAGUUGACACUAAUUGUUCACUGGACGUGUAAUUUCACUAUCAUAAUGUUAUCACAAUGUCAUCAUUGGUUGGCUACCCAAAUUAUAAUGGAUUUGUGACAUGUAUUUUUGUUAAUGUUGUGGGGUUUUUUUUUAUCAAUAUAAUUUAUAUUUUGUUUCAUGAAGAAUGCAAUUUUAUGUCAUUCUUCCUGCGCAAAAGUAACCAUACUUCAUACAAUGAUAUAUAAAUCAUAUUUAUUAUAAACAAAAUUUAUUUUAAAAACCUUGUUGAAUGUCUGUAUUGUUUUAUCUUAAAGCCAAGUGCUUUGGUAAUAAUGUUAAUCACGGACACUUGUAAAUCUCCACUGGUUGUGUGUCUAGUUAUUGUUUGCUACCAUUUUAUGUCUAUUUAUUACAGAUAUUUUCAAAAUGA